AACAGGAACAAGCCAGGGCUGCAAGUGAGUCAUCAUUGCUGCAGCUCCUGUGCUUUUAUGUGUAACUCCUCACCAGCAAAGACUGCGCAGACACGCACUCGGCACUGCAAAGCGGAGCAGACACGCACUCGGCACUGCAAAGCGGAGCAGCCUGCGCUGUGUCGUGUUUCUCUUCCACCCGCUCACUGGAGAUCUGCACAGCAAAACAGCCGGCUCUGCACGGACUGGUGCGAUCCGCGAAUCAGCCAGCAGUUAGCCUCACAAGAUCCCACCUCCUGCAGCGUUGAAAACCUCCUGCCAUGCAUAAAGCACCCAGUCAAGACAUUGGAUAUUGGGGGUGAAUCUUGACGAAACCUUGCUUGUCAAUAGGACUUACUGCUCCAGAGUUCAUCAAAGUAUCGAUUUGCUCUUAAAUAUACUUUAUUUUUAUUGUGUUUCUUUUUUUUUUUGCACGAAGGAAUUUCUUCUUCAAAAAAGGCCACUGCAGUGCACCGUUGCAAUGUUUUAAAGAUGUGAAAACUCUGUAGCGGUUGAAAGAAGAGUUUUUUUGUUUUUUUUUUGACCCCCUGGCGUAGACACAAAGCAUGCCUCUGGGGUGGCGGAGAGCGUUUGCUGUGCUUCUCGUACAGGUGUGAAAAGACAGAAAGAGGAAGACACGGUCGAGCUGACUCCCUGUGGCCAGCGCCUGGUUUUCAUUUUCUAAAGAACUUUACGAAGGGGACAGAGCCCAAGAAUGACAUGCACAAGAAGGAGGAAACCAAACACUGGGGGAGACUUCCCAGCCAUCGCCGUCCCGUCUAUGAAGGGCCACGGAUACCUGGACUACACCAUUGAGAGCCACCCCUCCAAGGCCCUGGAGAGAAUGGACGAGUUCCGCAGGCAUGACCAGCUCUGUGACCUCAUCCUUCACGUCACCUACAAGGACCAGCGAGAGGAAUUCCGGGUGCACAAGCUGGUCCUGGCGUCCUGCAGCUCCUACUUCAAGGCCAUGUUCACAGGUGACUUCAAGGAGUGCCACGCCUCGGAGGUGACGAUCCGGGACGUGGCCCCCUGCGUGAUGCAGCGUCUCAUCGAGUUCGCGUACACGGCGCGCGUCACGGUGGGGGAGAAGUGCGUCCUGCACGUGCUGCUGGCUGCCACGCUCUACCAGAUGGAGGACGUGGCCAAGGCCUGCUGCGACUUCCUGGUCAAGAACCUGGAGCCCGCCAACGUCAUCGGCAUCGCCAACUUCGCAGAGCAGAUCGGCUGCAAGGAGCUGCACCAGAGAGGGAGAGAGUACAUCAACACGCACUUCAGCAAGGUGACGAAAGAGGAGGAGUUCUUUAACCUGUCCCACUGCCAGCUGCUGGACCUCAUCAGCCAGGACAGCCUGAAGGUUCUGUGCGAGUCCGAGGUGUACAAGGCCUGCAUCGAGUGGGUGCGCUGGGACCCUGAGGGGCGGGCUCAGUACUUCCACGCCCUGCUCAAUGCCGUGCAGAUCUAUGCCCUGCCGCCCGGGUUCCUCCAAGCCCAGCUGCAGGAGUGCCCCAUCCUGAGCAAGGCCAACUCCUGCAGGGACUACCUGUCCAGGAUCUUCCAGGAGAUGGCACUGCACAAACCUCUGCCGCCCCCCAGGCUGAGGGGGAACAAGCUCAUCUACCUGGCCGGGGGCUACCUGCAGCAGUCGCUGAGCUCCAUGGAGGCCUGCGACCCUCGCACGGGGCAGUGGACCAGGCUGGCCAGCAUGGACGCCCCCCGCAGCGGCCUGGGCGCCUGCGUGCUCUUCGGGCUGUUCUUCGUGGUGGGUGGGCGGAACAACUCCCAGCAGGAGCACACUGACUCGGCCUCGCUCGCCUGCUACAACCCCAUGACCAACCAGUGGACCCAGCGGGCAUCGCUCAACGUGCCCAGGAACCGCGUCGGGGUCGGCGUGAUCAACGGGGGCAUUUACGCGGUGGGGGGGUCCCACGGGUCGGUGCACCACCGCAGCGUUGAAAAAUACGACCCUGAAACGAACCAGUGGACCUUCGUGGCGCCCAUGUCGGUGGGGCGGAUUGGCGCUGGAGUGGCUGUCUGCAACGGGCUGCUGUACGCGGUGGGGGGCUUCGACGGGGAGAGCCGCUGGGACAGUGUGGAGCGCUACCACCCCGACACCAACACCUGGCAGCCUGUAGCGUCUAUGGGAUCCAUCCGCAGUGGAGCCGGGGUCGUCAGCUUUGAGAGUUGCGUGUACGCGGUGGGCGGGUACGAUGGCACGGCCCAGCUCAGCAGCGUGGAGCGCUACAGUGUGGCCAGUGACCGCUGGGAGCCCGUCUCUCCCAUGAAGAACCGUCGCAGUGCUCACGGGGUGACCGUGUACCAGGGCAAGAUCUACGCACUGGGGGGCUUCAACCAGGAGGGCUUCCUGUCCAGCGUGGAGUGCUACAGCCCAGAGAGUGACGAGUGGACGCAGCUGGCCGACAUGCCCCUGAGACGCAGCGGGAUGGGCGUGGCCGUUACCAUGGAGCCCUGCCCUGGCAACCUGGACGAGUGGGAGGAGCAAGAGGAGGAGUAGGGGAGCAGCGACGGGUGAGCCAGAGAAACUGGGUUGAAAACGCUGCCUCUGCCAUCUUUCAGUUUGUUUGAUUUGUAAAGCUUGAAAAUGUAUAAAUGUCUAAUUUACCUUGUAUAUUGAAGUUAUAUGUAAUAAUAUUAAUAGUGCCAAUAAUAAUAAUAAUAUGUUGUGUAACAGCAUGCAAAGUGUACAGAAAGCGCUGUGCUGUAAAUAGGUAAAGUGUUUACACACUGUAUUUUGGAGAAUCAAUAAAUGAAGGUGCUUGCUGUAUAU